AUGUCCACAUCGUCGAGCUGGCUGCUCCUCGCCGCGGUCCUCGUUUCGGCGUGGACGACAACGGCGGUGGAGGCGAGACACCACCACGGGUUCGAGACGAUCUUCGACGCGCAGGAGGCAGACCGGGUGGAGAAGCUGCCGGGGCAGCCGGCGGACGUUGGUUUCCGGCACUUCUCCGGCUACGUGACGGUGAAUGAGACCCAUGGCCGGGCUCUCUUCUACUGGCUCUUCGAGGCCACCCACGACGUCGCCAAGAAACCUCUCGUCCUAUGGCUCAACGGAGGACCUGGAUGCUCGUCGGUGGGAUAUGGAGCAAUGAUGGAGCUUGGACCUUUCUUGAUCCAGAAGGGAAAACCUGAGCUUGCCUUGAAUCCUCACUCAUGGAACAAAGAGGCAAACAUGUUGUUCUUGGAGUCCCCUGCCGGCGUUGGGUUUUCUUACACCAACACCACCGCCGAUCUCGGCCAGUUCGGCGAUAACCUCACCGCCCACGACGCGUACUCUUUCGUGGUGAACUGGUUGGACAAGUUCCCGCAGUUCAAGGGCCACGACCUGUACAUCGCCGGAGAGAGCUACGCCGGCCACUACGUCCCCCAGCUCGCCGAGAAGAUCGUCCACAUGAACAAGAAGGCGGCGCACAAGAUCAACAUCAAGGGCAUCCUGAUCGGCAACCCUGCCAUUGACUCCAGCUCCGACGACCGCGGCCUCGCGGACUACGCCUGGGACCACGCCGUCAUCUCCGACGAGGUCUACGGCUCCAUCAAGUCCAACUGCAAGUUCCCCGACGACGGCGAGGAGAGCGACGCCUGCAACAGCGCCUGGAAUAACUUCUUCAACGCCAUGGACGACAUCGACCUCUACAGCCUCUACACCCCGGCCUGCACCAACGCCAUGAUCAACUCCACGUCCACUUCCACCCGUCACCACCGCCGCGGCUUCAUGCCGGCGCUGGGAAAGAAGGCGCGCCUCAGCGUGCCGUACUACAACGCGUACGACCCGUGCGGCGACUACCACGUGAUCGACUACCUGAACCGGCCGGACGUGCAGACGGCGCUGCACGCGAACGUCUCCGGCGCGAUCCCGUAUCGGUGGGAGCCGUGCAGCGACGCGCUGACCAACUGGACGGACGCGCCAGCGUCCACUCUGCCGGCGAUUGGCGGCCUGGUUAAGGCUGGGCUGCGGGUGUGGGUGUUCAGCGGUGACACCGACGACCGCGUGCCGGUGACCUCGACGCGGCUCGCGCUGCGGAAGCUCGGGCUGGCGACCUCGAAGCCGUGGAGGGAGUGGUUCACCAGCGACCAGGUGGGAGGCUACACCUUGGCCUACGACGGCGGACUCACCUUCGUCACCGUCCGUGGCGCCGGCCACAUGGUGCCCAUGAUCACGCCGGUGCCGGCCAGGCAGCUCUUUGCGCACUUCCUCUCCGGCAAGGAGUUGUCUCCCAAGGCAAUCGUCGCUUGA